UUCCACGUUUAGAAAAAUUUCGUGAAGAUAAAGCUUGGUAUGAAUGUGUUACAUAUCAAGAAUUAAUUGAUUUACGUGAAAGAAAUGCUGGUAAAUUAGCAUCACGUUUUAUGGAACAUGAAUUAAAUGAUGAUUUUGAUUUAAAUGAUGAUGGCCAACGUACAAUAACAUUAACAAAAAAAUUACAAGCAAAAUCUCGACAACAAGCUAAACCAACAGUUGAUUCACGUUUUCGUGGUAUUGAUCAACAAUCUGUUAAACAAACUGGACAUUAUUUUUCAUCAUUGGAAUUUUGUAUUAUGGAAGGAAAUACAAAAUAUACAAAAGCUGAACUUGAAAAACUUGUUUAUGAAAAUGGUGGAACUUGUGUUCAAAAUGCAUUAGCAAAAACUUUUUGUGUUGUUACAGAUAAUCCCAAUAGUAUUCGUCUUCGUACAUUAAUUAAAAAUAAACAAAAUGAUAUCGUACAUAUAGCUUGGUUAAUACGUUGUGUUGAACAAAAACAUUUAUUACCAUAUUAUUUAUCGGAUUUAAUAUCAUGUACAGAAAAAACUCGUCAAGCUCUUGAUUUACUUUAUGAUGAAUAUGGUGAUGCAUAUUAUACAUCAACAAAUGAAAAUGAACUUCGAGAAAUAUUUAAUAAAAUGACAUCAACAACAACAACACCAACACCAACACCAACAUCAACUUCAUCAUCAACCACAAGUAAAAAAUUACCAACAAAUAAAAAACGUCGUCUUGAUGAACCAACUCCAUUAUCACAAUCAACAAUAAAUAUUGAUACAAUAUCAAAUCCAUUAAAUGAUAAUGAUAAACUUCGUUCAUUUAUAACGGAAUUUGAAAAUAGUUAUUUUCCUGAUGAAUCAUAUGAUUAUGGUCUUUUUCGUUUAUUUUAUAUUUAUUUUGAUCAAUAUUGGACUAUUGGUGAUGAAUCAACAUUAUUUAUUGAUUCAAAUCAUAGUUUAAUUAUAUUAGAAAGUCAAUUGCAUGGUGCACGUAUAGCACAUAAAAUAACAUCGGAUGUUACACAUGUUAUUUGUGCUAAACCAAAUGUUGAUGAUACAAAAUUAAAUGAACGUAUAAAUGUAUUCAAAAAAAUCAAUCGUG